AUGUCCCCAGUCAGGACCUCAGCGCCCCAGCGGCAACCCAACGAAAACCCACCUCACAACGAGAGAGAUGAUUGGGAAGAUUGGGAGGAUGAAGAUGUCGUUACACCCAUUAUGGAUGACGACCAAGAGCUUAUUAUGGACAAGACAGCGGCUCCCAGCCCACUGAGGCCGAAUAACCCUCCUUCGACAAGGUAUUCCCAGUCUCGGCACUCAGUCCAGAAAUUGAGGCGUCUAAAAUCACGCCAACGUCAAAAAGCGCAGAACGCAAAGGCUGGUAUCAAGGUGGUGACGGACAUGGCGACUCUACAACAGCAACAAGCUGCCCAACGAAGUCGGAACCUCGACUUGCACCAGCCAAAGUUCGUCGAUGCCGCCGCUCUCAGGGCCCUCGAGGGGUCACCCAACUCUGCUUCCGUUGGCAACUGGAACUGGCUAAAGAAGAAAACCGAUCAGAGCGGCAAGUCUCCUCAAAGUAUUGGGCAUAGUCCGCUUGAGCAAGACCUUUCCCCAGAUGACCGACCGAUCGUCAUCGGCAUCGCGUUGCCUUCCGAAAUGGCCGGCAGGGAAAUCAGCCCCCAGACAGCAGUUCUCGAACUGCCCCGUGACUUGCCGCCUACAUAUGACAACGCAUCACCAGUGUCACGCAAGCCAGAUACAGUCACACCCUUGACUCCUUCGCAGCAAAAAUCGGUCUGGAGCCCUGACACACCGAACACGGCCUCCUCUCCAUUCCAGUCUCCCCACCGCUCAUCCAGCAUCUACUCUCAAGCUACCGGUCUCGGAGUCCGCGUGGCUCAUGACGCUCCCCCAGUGCCCUCUGUUCCAUCCACUUACAAGCAGCAAGAAAGGGUGGUCAGUGUUGUCCUGAAAGACAAUGACCACGAUGACGAUGACGGAGGCAGCCCGUGCACGUUGUUCGAAGAAGACGGAGCGGCUCCGAACCGUCGAAGGUCAACAAAGGUCAAAGAGGCAGCAGUGAGUCCGGACAGCGCAGCUACUCAGACACGUGGCUGGUGGGAUCACAUAACAACGCCCUUCCUAGAGAGGAAGAGUCCCGUUGUUCCGACCAAGUCCGGAUCACAGUCUGCCAAAGCAACCGGCAAUGGUGAAUGGCUGAGUGAAAAGGAUACAAAUGCACCCGCCUCUAAAAACCAGGAUGGGGUGCUCAAGACCUCCAAACCGGCACAGAUCCAACCAACCGUUAUUCAGAGACCAGGCCUUCCAGCAUCGCCUAAACCAUUCCACGGUGGUUUUCAAGCGCCGAUCGUCAGAGUUCCUACACCUAGGAGAACUCCGUCGCCGCUCAUGGACAGACGCGAGUCGUCUCCCGCGUCAUCCUCUCGCUCAGCAACCCCGAGACUGCAAGUUCAGUCAGAGAAGGUUUCGCUUACCGAACUGAGCCCUGCUCUGUCAGAACAGCCACCACCAUACUCGCCACCGCCGCAACAGCAGAAAGCUGUCAGAUAUCGAGCCGUUUUCCCUGUAGGCCAUCCUCUGCAAGCACUCUACCCGCCCUCGCCUGGUCCGAUAUCCCCAGCCAUCAAUGGUACAAUGAGUUCUCAAGGCGGCAUCAACAUGAUCGAUAUUCCCCUAACGCCCACAGCUCAAGGCAACAACCCCGCCCAGGGCACCCAUGGCCGUCUUCCAGAAAGACUUGCUGGUACAUUUGUGCCCCAGGAGCAUUUUCUUGCAGCAUCAGGAGACGGUAGUCGGAUCGAACGUAAACGCCGACGCCACGAGAAAGAGGAAGUGGCAGCUCGUAAGCUCGGCAGCUUCUGGAAGGGCCGCUGGUGUAUACCUGCAAGCGGCUGCUACGGCCGCAGUGGCCGCGAGGGCCGCAAGAGAAGGCGCGUGUGCCUGGGCGUCUGCGGUGCUAGUCUCAUCUUGAGCAUUCUCAUUAUCGUUCUUUGCGUUAUGCUCAUCCCACGCAACAGCGCCGCCGCGCCAAUUGACAGCAUAUUUGUCAACUUGACAAACUUCCCUCCCAUGCCUACUGGAGUUCUCUCAGUAGUAGGCCCAGACAACACAGCGGCUGUAACCGGUUGUAGUAGUCCCUCGACCGUUUGGAGCUGCGCACUACCCAAGGAAGAGCACGAAUCUGUGGCGCCGAACCGCCCAAACCAGCCGACCUUCAUCAUGCAAAUUCAAUGGGACAACAACACCCGCAACCUGUGGGAUGUACCCAACGGCGAGCCCCCUCAUCCUGGGUCUAGCACCCGUAAGCGGGAUUUGAACUUUGGCGGAAUCGUCGCCAGAGCUGGAGCGUACUUUCGGAGACAGAACCCGGCGUUUGCGCCAGAUCCCUCUCCCCCAUCCUUUGAGGAAAUGUACUUCCUCGGAAACACAACGGAUGGCAUCGUUUCUAACGAGAAAGCCGGCGAGCCCACGCCUUUUUACCUGAGUAUUCUAAAGUCCGCAAACGAAACAGUCGGACCUAAUGCUAUGGAAAAGCGCCAGAAUUCUGGAGAGUCCUUCGGUGAUAUAUCGAUAUCUUUGCCGGCUCCGGAUCUCGAAGCAGACGGCACUGGAGCCCCCGCGCAACUCUUCCCUCAUGCUGUACAGCAGCCAGUUCGUCUCUACGACCGCGGGCUGCAGACGGAGCAUUACGGCUUCUACACUUACUUCAAGCGCACAAUCUACCUCAAGUCCGUCACCACCCUCAACGGCACUGAUGAUGAGAGCAAUGUGCCCCUCGACAAGGACGGUGGCGCCCGCCGUAGCGAGGCGAAGUUCCUAGUAACGUGGUCCCAAACGCGCUUCCUCGUGCAGAUCUGGACCCGCUCCGAAAACAAUACACAGCUCCUGCGCUCCAACAACGGCGAGGAACCAGGUACUAUGCCGUAUCCUGUCACAAUCAAAACGGACACACACGGCGGCCGGUCGGGCGAGAAGUUUGUGUGGCACUGGCCCGUAAACGACCGCCAGGGCAUCGACACGGCGAACCCGAAACUACUGCCCAACGACAUUGGCUUUGGUGGCAGAACGGUGAACCCGCGCAAGGACAAGGAUGCAUCUUUCGGUGGGUUUGAUGGUGGUACCGGCGGGUGCCGGUGUGAAUGGGUGAACUUUGUCGCCCGGAGGGAUAGUGGAAAUUGA